UUGGGAAAUAUGUUUGAAAAACACCCCUCCUCUCUCUCUGCUUCUUCUUCUACUCUUUCUUCUUCCUUCUCUUUCUUCUCCUUCUUCUUCUCCUCCUUUUCCUUCUCCUUCAGGCGUUCUUUCUCAGAAGAGUCGCCGACGAGGGGCGGGUGGUGUGUUGGGAAGAUAUGGGAGACGGAAAAAGCCGCCAACUCUCGGGAUAUGGCCAUAUGGGAUAAUUGUGGCCCUGUGGGCGACGGGAGGCGGAAGAUGGAGGUCGGAGAACUAGUGGGUGACGAGCAGCGACGGCAAGGCCGGUAAGCUGUGGAUGUGGGUGGCAGAUUUGAGAUGGGUAGGCGACGACACCGAUGAGCAACACACAAUCGCAGUUAGGGAAGCUUUGGCCAACCGGCAACGCGCGUCGGAAGUUGGGGAAAUUAUGGGCGGCUAACGGACGAACGCGGCAGUUGACAGAGUUGUGAGCUACAAAGGUUGCUACUCUUUGCCAGAAAGAAAUAGAACAAAUAAAGGAAAAUAAAGAAAAAAAGCAAGAAAGAAACAAAGAAUGAGAUGGCGAGAUGCCCGGGGAGAACUAGAACGGAGAAGGUGGUCUCGGGGAAGAAACAAAGGAAGAGAUAAGGAAAGACUAAAAUAAAAAUAAAAAUAAAACAUUUGAAUGUAUUUCCAAUCGAUGAUAUUCGAUUCAUCAUCACGUCUAACGUGGAUCAUUACGUAACUGCGCAGUUAAAAACUCGGUUAUUUUCAAGAAUUCAUUUGAAUGUCUUUCCGAUUAAAUUAUUAGCUGAAAUUUGGUAUGAGUAAACUAGAUUUAAUGAAUAAGAUGCUCAAAAAUGUUUAUCAAAAAAAUCCACUGGGAACUACAUCAAAUGGUGACGACCGUACAAAAC